GAGGAUGAUGUUGAUCCAGGGAGACGUGUCCAACGAGGACGAUGUCGGCAGCAGGGAGGGCUCCGUUAACAGCCAGCAGGACUCUGACAGGGAGGACGAUGAUCUGGAGAACUACUUGACAAGCGUCCAAGAGGACAUGAUGGAAUUCAAGCUGUCGUAUGAGAUGUGGGCGCGUUGGCCACUGGGCUGUCAGCAUCCCUCAUGCCGACUGGGAUGAUGAGGAGCUAAUCUUCACCAUUCACCUGGAGGAGAAGGGCAGCCCUGAGAACCUACAGUGGGACAUCAGGAAGACCUACAUGGAUGUUAUAUACUUCCGCAACACAUGGCAGGACUCGACCAACCUACCCACGAUCCUGGUGCUGGAGGAGUCUGAGGUCAACGAGUUUGAAGAAGAAGCCAGAGUAUCAGUGGAGCAUUUCCUGCAGGAGUUAGUUUCUGAUAAUCUGAUUGGCCACACUCAACCGGUUUUCCAGUUCCUCUGCCCACUUGACAAACUGCUGAAUGAGGAAGAACAUUAUGAAGGCCUGUGGGGCCUUCUCAGCGGCUUGGCUUACUUCUUGACUCCAAGUCAAGAGGAAGACGAGAGCUCGAGCCCUCAGACAGAAGCCCCAAAAGAAAUCAUGACACCAUCUCUACAUCCAGAACUGACAGCUCUGCCUUUAGAAAACCCUGGUGCCUCUACUGAGAAGGGCAAUGAUGUUCCCAGUGCUUCAGUCCCAACUAUUGUUAUCUCCCAAUAUAAUUCUUCUUCAGAACCGCCUGAGAAAGCAGAAAUCGAAAAGGAGCCGCAGUCUGCUGCUAACUCGGACUCUUCAAACGAAAACUGUUCCCAAGACAUAACAGAAGACUCUGAUAAUCCCUUAACCUCUCACUUUAAAACUAUUUUCAAAGGACUGACCCGUUCCAGGUCACAAGAGUCUCUGGUCUCGACAAGAAACGGCAGUGAUGAAGACCUGCCUGAUUCAGACUCCACGCCACACAACAGCCAAAUCGGAGGCGUGCAGGGGGAGAUCGCAGAAGGCCCGUCUUUGCUUCAUUCCAGUGUAAGGUCAAAUAAAAAGGAGAACAUAUGUUUCAAGAUGUCAAGUGGAGUGAACAAGGCUAAAGGGAAGGAUCAGGGCACUUCACCGAGAGGGCAGAACUCCCGGUGUCAGAAGAGCCAAGUCGGCAGGGAGCAGCUGGAGGCGACCAAAGCCAUAUUUGAUCUGCUGAAAGAAAUAUCUGGGAACUCCAUCCUUGUAAACAUAUUUGAUGCCAUUUUGAAACCUGUUAUGCCCAUCCUAAAAAAAAAAGUGAACUCUUUCCUAAACAAGAUGAACCCGACAGAAGUGCAGAUAGCCGCAUACAUCAACACCCUGCGUGAAAAACAGUGGCCAGAUUUUCAACCCGCUGCACCUCCUCCUCCUCUUCCUCCUCGCACUGAUGAGGAGAAGACCAAGACCAGGGAUAGAGCGCACAAUCUAAUCAAUGCCAGAUAUUCAAACUAUCUUAUCCUGAAGAAAACAGAUAUGGAGUCUGUUUUUAAUAUUUUCCAGGACGGUGAAAAAAACAAAAUGCUGGUAUAUAUGCUCCUGUCAUUCCUAUUAAGGGAAUUUUUUCCCAAUGAGCAUUCCCUAAAUGUGAGCGCCGCUGCCCUGCAGAAAGUGACCAACUCCACCAGCUGAGCUGAAUCCUUGAUUGUGUUUUUAAUGGUACUUUUUUGACAUUUUUUAAAACAUAAAAUUAUUUAUUAUUAUUAUUAUUUUAUGAAAAUGCCUUGGAAUAUUUGUGGCAAACACUACUCUCUGUCGCGUUUACCUCAAACAUACUAUGAACAUUUUGUGAAUUUCCUUUUUAUUUUGUAUAUUGAACUUUGUAAGUUAUAAACCCUGACUUAAAUGUGUGUGAAAUCAGAAACAUUAAUUGUGGGAGCUGGCUUACUACUUAAUUGUAAAACUCAUUGUAAAUAUUUCAUAUUUACAGUUUGAAUUUCACCCAUCAUGUUUUAAUGUAAAGUCAUUUAAAUUUUCUAAAAUAUUUUGCAUCAGUUUUAUAAUAUCCCACAAUUACAAUUCACCUAAAUCUGUCAAAGUUGACCGUACCGCUAUCAAAGGAAG